CGCGCCCAAUCUCCUGAAACCCACACACUCUGUUCAGCCAUCGUUCGCACGCACGCACUCUCUCUAGAAAACGCUUUUCUCUCAGCUAAACCCAAGAGCGCAAAUGGCAGCCGCCGCACCUCCACCGCCACCGACUCCGGCGCCGACAGCACCGACGAUGGUGCCAGAAGGCUCUACACCUGUGGGUUACCCACUCUUCGCUCGCAUCCGCCUAGCCCACCCUUCCGAUGUUCCCCACAUCCACAAGCUCAUCCAUCAGAUGGCCGUCUUCGAGCGCCUCGCCAACAUGUGCACUGCGACCGAGUCCUCUCUCUCCUCCACCCUCUUCACCUCCCCACCCUUCCAGUCCUUCACCAUUUUCAUCCUCGAAGUCUCUUCCCAACCCUUCUCCGACACCCCACUUGACCAAAACACCAUUUACACGCCCGAUGUCCAGGUACUCAAUCUGGACCUCCCGAUUGAGGAUCCCGAGAAGGAGAUUUUCAGAUCGGGAAUUGGGGAUGUUACGGUUGCCGGGUUUGUGCUGUUUUUCCCAAAUUAUUCGACGUUUUUGGGGAAGCCUGGGUUUUAUGUGGAGGAUUUGUUCGUGAGGGAUUGUUAUAGAAGGAAAGGGCUUGGAAGGAUGUUACUGAGCGCGGUUGCGAAGCAGGCGGUGAAAAUGGGGUAUGGGAGGGUGGAGUGGGUGGUGCUUGAUUGGAAUGUCAAUGCUAUUAAGUUUUAUGAAGAAAUGGGUGCUAAAGUCUUGUCUGAAUGGAGGAUUUGCAGGCUCACUGGUGAGGCACUACAAGCUUAUGGGAAUGGUAAUUAAACUUUUUUUUUUUUUUUGGAAAUUUAGCCAUAAAGGAGGAAAUGGGUAUGGAAUCAGUAUUUUGAGCUCCUUUUUUUUUUUUUUAAUGUUUUAAUUUAGUUGGAAGUUGAAAUGAAACGCUUGUGUGUUAUUCAAAGAGAGUUUGGGUCUAUGACUGGUUGGUUGGGACUAGAUUUUCAGGGAUAUAAACUCUGAACUUUAAUAUUUCUUCUACCUAUUAACUUCUUUAA